GUAUUCUAUCUGGAAAACAGAGUAUUACGAGAAAAAUAGGAGAAAACUACAAAAAAUUAAUCCAAACACCAAUGCUUUUUCAGCGACCUUAUAUUGGACUGGUGCUGAGUUUACUUUUCAUUGCUGUGGCGUUUGACGUUUCGACGGCCCAUGGAUUGAAGUUUAUCUUUGACGAGGAACCGGAGGUAUGCUUCGUGGAAGAAAUCACAAGUGAUACCAAUUUCAUAACAGGACGUUAUAAUUGGCAUGAUCGCCCUUCCAUUCCCGUAUCUCUUAGCCUCACGCUGUACACCCCAUCCUCACAGGUGGUCAAAACGUUGGAGAUGAAGGCGGAUGAGAACAUUUUUGCGAUCCAAGUCCCUCCUAGUGCCCAACCCGGGGCUUACUUGCUUUGUGCGGCGAUUAGAUCGCCGUGGGAUUACAAAAAAAUCGGUACGCACUCGGAGAUUGCCGUUUCGUUUGACGUGGAUCAGUCGUACACCUCAGUGGUGGAGUCACCCUCGCCGAAGAAGAAGAUGAAAGGCCGUGAUCGAGAAACGAUCGACGGGUUGAAUGUAUUUUCGUUUCGCGACCUUGGGGGUGAGCUCAAAGCCAUCUUGCGGCCCAAGGAGUACCUGGAGGAGCUGCAAUGGCGCGUUCAGACGAUCAACGAAGAGUUGGAUAUUGUGGAACGGAACAUGAUUUAUUCACUGAACCGAGAGGACCGCAUGCGUGUAACCUCGGAGAGUACCUUUACAAGGGUGUGGAUCGCGUCUUUGCUCACAUUGGCAAUAAUGAUGCUGGCGAUCUUCACCCAAUUCCAUGCUCUCAAGUCUAUCAUCAUUAAGAGGAAACUAGUUUAAGAGUAGGUAUUAUUGCAAGGAUUAGCAUUUUCAUAAUAAGAGAAUCGAGGGUUCUCAAAAUAAUGUUGGCAAUAUUGUAUUUGGGAUGAAUUUAUCAAUGGCGAGCUUUCACAAGAGAGGGCUUGAUUGCAACAGUUGUGACUUGCAUGUAGAUAGGGGUAAGUAGGGGAAGUGCGUUGAUGUCUAGAAUGGCGUGAAUUUAUCGCACCAGUGAUGGGUCAAUCAUUUUUUGACUCCCAUCUCAGGUGAAAAUAACAAAUAUAUUGUAAUGGGAAAAGUAAAGGUUUUGCCUGAAUCCAUCUUUUUGUUGAGGGCUUCUUCUCU